AUGGCCGACGACGCGAUCAUGGAACGCUCCUUGGCCGCCGCUAUCGAGAGCAGCGUGGCCGCCACCGACGGCAACCUCACCUGCUUGUUGAUCCCGGCCCAAUACCAGCACCACUGGUUCCAAGAACAGGAACUAGCAGCUGCUGCACGGCUUCUUCCUGACGAUGACGACGAGUUGCACAUCGCCGGUGACGUCGUGGCCGGCCUGCUCAACGAGAUUAGCCCCCGUGACUCCGACCUCGACGAGCGGAUCGUCGAGUGCCCGAUGGCGCAGCGGCUGGUGCUUCUGGGCAUGGCGAGCUUGCAGCGGGAGGUUGUCGAUGACGCGCAAAUCAGUAGCCUGCUCGAAGCAGCAGAAGCGUAUCGCGACGGCGGGUUCGGCGCAGUCCCCGCGGACGCCACUGCGGUGGCCAGCCUGGGGAAGCAAACGUUUCGCGCUGCCGGUGCUGGAGGAGACGACGGCUCGGCAGAUCGUCAGAGCUGCGGCAUAUGCUUGGAGGACUUUGAGGACGGCGACGAGAUUAGCGUGAUGCCGUGCUCGGGCGGGCACGGGUUCCACACGAACUGCAUCGCCAAGUGGUUGGGGCGCUACAGCAACAUGUGCCCUCUCUGCCGCCACGCGCUGCUGAUUCGUAGAUUGGAGUCUUGCGAAUGGCAUCAAGAAAUUCGUUUGCGUGUUUAUUCACCAAGGAAUAUGUGA